UCUCCUUUAGCCUGUUGGCUGAUCUCGUUCAUCUUCCACCACUUCUCUCCAGUUCGAUUCCCGAUCUCGUCAUUUUUUAUUUUCUUUCUUCCUCAUUCCAUCUCCAACCAUUUCACAUUUGCAGGUAGUUUUUAAGCCACAAUCCCAUUCAUUUUUGGUCAGAAUCUUACGUACAUGCGAAGGAUUCCAUGGAUCCAAACUUGCCCCCUGUUCGGCCAUUAACGGGAAGGAAGUUCAGAUUUGUUCCGAAGCCUCCACCUCGCAGAGCUGUGCAGCAGCUGAACACAGAUGCUAGCCGGGAUGCGGCGGCGGCGGAAGCUGCUGCUGCUGAUGAACCUCCUCCCGACGAUCGUCUUCUCCGCCGGUUCAAUGAGCACAUAAGCAGGCUGAGCAAUCGGAAAUCUAGUGCCGGAAAGAAGGGAAUUCAAUUUGUAGAGUAUCAUGAACUGGCACCAUCAGCUCCCACUAGGAAACAUGAAAGCCUUGGAGAUUGGAAAUCGGAAGGUUUUGGUAAUGACGAAAAGGGCAUUUUUGUCGAUCAAACCGUUGAGAAGAAGAAAAAAGAGUACAGAGAGCCUUGGGAUUAUGAGAAUAGCUACUAUCCCACCUCUCUCCCUCUAAGGAAGCCUUAUUCUGCAGAUCCAGAGAUUCUUGAUGAAGCAGAAUUUGGAGAGGCAGCUAGUAAGAUAAAGCAUGAUGAGAACAAAAGAAAUGCUUCUUCAGAGCUUGGUUUACUGGACGGAGAACCCAAGCUUCUUUUUCUCCAGCUACAUAACCACUUGCCCACACAUAACCCUAAGGAAAAAGAGCCAGCUGAGGUUCCAAUCAGUGCAAAGGGAAAAGAAAAAGCUGAGAGCUCGACAGCUGUGCGAAGAAAGGGCCCAAAGAAGGGAUUCAGUUUGGAAGAGUUGCCCACGGGUCACAUGGGGAAGAUUCUGGUUUACAAGAGCGGUGCAGUUAAGAUGAAGCUGGGAGACAUCCUCUAUGAUGUAGUUCCAGGAACAGAGAUUUCGUUUCCUCAAGAUGUUGUCGCAAUUGACAAUGUCGAAAAGAGUUGUGCUGUGCUGGGAGAUGUGGGGGCCCACGCUGUCGCGGUUCCCGAUAUAGAUUCACUCUUGGAGAACAUGCCUACACACAUUGAUUGACACGCAGACACACACUACAGGUAGUACAAAUUACAGGAUUUAACAUGGGAAAAAAAGACAACAAAAACCAUGUCACCAUUGCAGGAGUUGAACAUUGUGGUGGUGUAGAGUUGCACACUAAUGAAAAUUGACACUUGCUUGAUGGUAUCUAGAAACACUUCAUGCGCAUCGUCAUAUUUUAUGGUGAGUCGAGGAUGACAAUACACAUAGUAGUGAUAG